GAGAAAAAAAAAGACAACAGAACCAUGUACGCCUUAGUGAACGCCUUCAUGCGCUGCCUCUCCUUCCUCCUGCCCCCCUCUCGGCUUUGUGUCAGCUUUUGCUUGUGGGUUGGGAAUGAGUGCGAAGACACGCUGCUGCUGCGGCCGCGGCCCAAUCCCAGAGCUCGUUUCAAAAGCAGAAAGCCUCUUACAUAUGAGGAAGUAGCAGCAGUAGCAGCAGCAGCAGUGGAGGAAGUACAAGGAGGCACCAACCCGUCGGUCUCACCAGCUCCAGGCUGCGUCUUGCCGGCUGCUACAAGCCCCGCUGUUCCUCAGGGCCCUGCACCGGGUCGGAUCUGGAUCGGGGGUCUCUGGCGAGCCGUGGAGCGUGUCCUCGGAGCCCCCUGGGUCCUCGUUCGCCAUCGCUGGUGCCCCAAGCAGUGUCGAGCGGCUUUACGCACCCCGUAUCCCGCCUGCGCCUUCGAGGCGAGCGAUAUUAAAGGCUUUCAGGGAGGCGCUGCUGCUGCUGCUGCUGCUGAUAGACCCGAGGAAGAGAGGGCAGCGGGUGGAAGCACCUUGACUUAUCCGAAGACCAUGAGUGGGUCUGUGGGCAUCCCCAGUCCGAACCCAGCGGCGUGCGCCUCGGAUGAGUCAGCGGAGCAGCUGGGCAUGGAUGAGGUAAUCACCGUGGAUCAGCACACGCAGGAGCUGGGGACGGUGACGAUAACAGUGGCCAUUCAAGCCGCGGAGGACGAAGAACCCGAGGAAGUGUCGUCUAGCUUCAUCGACUUCCUCGGAGGCAGCUGCAGCGAGGACGAAAUCGGAAGAUAUGACAAAUCAAGCGGGGCAGGGACCAGUGGAGGCGAGCUGGAGGAGGAGAGCUGGCAGCCUCCAGACCCAGAGCUCAUCCAGAAGCUGGUCGCUCAGAUCGAGUACUACCUAUCUGAUGAGAACCUGGAGCACGAUGCCUUCCUGCUCAAACACGUCCGGCGUAACAAACUCGGGUUUGUUAGCGUCAAGUUGCUCACCUCGUUCAAAAAGGUGAAACACUUGACCCGUGACUGGAGAACGACCGCUUAUGCUCUGAGACGCUCCAAGAGCCUCGAGCUGAACGAUGAAGGGCGCAAGGUGAGGCGGAAAUCUGCAGUACCGGUCUUUGCCAGCGAGUCGUUGCCUAGUCGCAUGCUGCUGCUGAGUGAUUUGCAGAGGUGGCCAGAGCUGGCUGCUCUCACCAACGAUAAUGGAGAGAGUGAGGAAAGAGCAACUCAGCAGGAGCAGCUGAUGAAGCUGUUGCUAAAAGCUUUUGGAACAUACGGUACCAUUGCCUCCGUCAGAGUCCUGAAGCCCGGGAAGGACCUGCCGGCCGACCUGAAGAGGCUGAGUGGUCGUUACUCUCAGCUUGGCACCGAGGAAUGUGCCAUUGUGGAGUUCGAGGAGGUGGAGGCUGCUGUUAAAGCCAAUGAAGCUGUGGGCAGCGACGAAUGUGGGGCCAGUUUGCGAGGGUUGAAAGUGGUCCUUAUUGGCACCAAGCCGCCCAAGAAGAAGGUGCCCAAAGAGCGACCACGCGAGGAGGGAGGGAUGCGCAAGAGUCGCUCGCUCAACAGCAGAAUACGAGAGCUUCAGUACCACGGGGACGACUCUGCCUGCAGCUCUUCAGAGACUGAGAGCACCCCCACAUCCCCGAGGCUGGCCAGAAAGUCCCAGUCCUGCAACAAGCUCAGCCCCACCACGGCUGGCGUCGGCUUCCAGAACAAUCACCUCAGUCCUGGUAUGUCCCCGCGCAACAGUCCGUGGUCGAGCCCCCGCGGCAGCCCCUGUCCUCAGCGCAAAUCCCCUCAUUCCCAUAAGUCUCCCUUGGUCAGUGAGGGGAGACUGAGCCCUGAGCCUGGGCGUCGCUGGGCAGACUACUCCUCAGACAGUAGCCUCACCCCUUCAGGGAGCCCAUGGGUGCAGCGGCGCAAGCAGGUGGCGUCUCAGGAGAGCAGUCCGGUCGGCAGCCCGAUGCUGGGCAGAAAGAUCCAGAAUGCUGACGGCCUGCCACCAGGCGUUAUGAGGCUGCCCCGGGGUCCUGACGGAACCCGUGGCUUUCACUGUGUCUCUGUUGGUGAGAGGGGAAAGACUGCAGCUACUCAGACUUGAUAGUGGGGUGUCCUUUUGCAUUCCCCCACCCACAUUUUGAGUCUGUGUAGAUAUACUUUUGUUGAGUGCAUCACUUUUGUUACACGUUUAUACAAAAAAAUUUUGAGUUACCAUGGCAACAUUGGCAAUUUACGAAGGGAAAUUUGAGUGAAUGUAAAUUGAUAUUGCUCUGAGAGAGAACUUUACAUGAACCGUGCUCCAUUACUGUCUGAACUUGACUAAACUACAUGGGGUGGGUCGGAAGGAUGUUUUUGUCGUGUUAUUUUUUAUUUUAAGUGUGUCAUGUGUAAAAGCUUGUCUGUAGAUAAUGUAUUCAUGUGUAUGUGGUGUAAGUGACCGAGGCGCAUGGAUUGGAUAGAGAUAUCACCAUAUGCCUUUUCUGUAUUUGUCUACUGUGAGUUCCAUUUUUACAUGCUCUUUAAACUGAGACCAUAACUGCUCCAUCCCAGUUAAGGUGGAACAGUUAAACCGGGCUAUGGUAUUUCGUUAGUUUCAGUUUUUAUUUAGCCUUUUUUUAUUUUUUUUAUUUACAUAUUUUCAGUACGCUUUGGCACUUGGUUGUAAAUGGUCUCUUCCAGCCUUGGAAAUGUUAUUUUGUUGGGCAGGCAGCUCCUUUAUUUAUUUAUUUUUUUAGCCUUUUUAUUUGUAUUCUUAUUUUUCCCUGUGCAUAUUUGUUUCUGUCAGUCUAAGCUCACAAUGAGGUUUAAGGGAUGUUCAGGUCAGGCAGAAUAGAUGCUCUCAUGUUCUUGCCUUUAUGUCUGAGCUGGGAUAUUUGUACAGUGCACAUUCCUAUUGUACAAAUAAAUCACUAAAAUUGCAA